AUGGUCGCGCCCGAGUUGGGCGGCAAGGCCAUGCUUGCCGGCCAUGACCAUCCCAGCGACGAGCCCGUCAACAUGAAAGGUGACGCCGACGAUGUUUUCGGGCAGGAGGCCAAUCACGACAUCAAAUACAAGCGGCUCUCCUGGCCCCUCGUCGCGAUCCUCAUGAUCACCGAGAUUGUGUCAAAUGGAAUGCUCUCUCUGCCGUCGUCUCUCGCCGUGGUAGGCAUGGUACCGGGCCUGGUCAUCAUCGUGUUCCUCGGCGUCUUCGCCACGUACACCUCCUGGCUGUUGGUUCAGUUCAAGCUGCGCCAUCCCGACGUGCACACCAUGGGCGACGCGGGCUACAUUCUUUUCGGGCCCAUCGGGCGCGAGCUCCUGGCAUUUGGAACAUUGUGCUUUUCCAUCUUUGCCUGCGGCGGGCAGCUGCUCGCUGGCCAGAUUGCGCUCGCGGCGCUGAGCGACAACAAGCUGUGUUUGACGCUGUACACGGGGAUAUUCGCCAUCCCGACCCUGCUCUGCUCGCUGCCGAGAACGUUUCAUGGUCUCAGCUGGAUCUCAAUCGCGAGUGUAUUGAGCAUCUUCAUUGCCGGGAUCGUGGGCAUGGCCGCGGCAGGCCUGUCGCCAGACCCGAACAGAUCUGUCGACGUCGCGGUGUCGUCCGACUUCUACACGGCCUUUGUGUCAAUCACCAACCCCGUGUUCGCGUUUGCUGGACACUUUAUGUUUUUCGUCCUCAUUUCUGAGAUGAAGGAACCCAAGCAUGCCAUGCGAGCCGCGUACACCUUGCAGACUUUCGCCACAGUCUUCUACGCGAUUUUCGCUGGCGUGACCUACGGCUACAUUGGCAGCACGGUCAUGUCGCCUUCGUUCUCCUCGCUGUCCCCGUACUGGCAGAAGGUGUCGUACGGCAUCGCAAUACCAAACUUUCUCCUCGCUGGGUCUCUGUACGCGCAUACGGCCAGCAAGGUGAUCUUUGUGAGAGUGUUUCGGCACUCGAGGCACCUUCACAGCCACACGGUAUUGGGCUGGAGCGUGUGGGCUGGGCUCGUCCUGCUUGCCAAUGGCUUGUCGUUCCUCCUCGCGGUCGGAGUUCCAAUCUUCAACUACUUGAUCGGAAUCGCCGCGUCGCUCUUCGCCGCGUGGUUUACGUAUGGAAUUGCCGGCAUGUUUUGGCUUCACGAUUCGUACCACGACGGGGGCGGCUUCUACUCAUGGCGCCGGAAAUGGUUCCAGGCUGCACUCUCCAUCGCGACAAUAUUGACGGGCGGGUUCAUCUGCGUCGCCGGUCUCUACGUCACUGUCCGUGCGAUCAAGGAUGCCUAUGCUAGCGGCCAGAUGCCUUCUCCGUUUACUUGUUGA